GGGGAGCUGGGGCCUGUGACUCGAUGACCGAGAUGCGAUACAUCUGCACAACACAAUCCAGAUGAUGCAGUUUGCACUCAAUGGUCCGAAAUCCCAGUUUGUGGAAAAGACUCAGAAGGACAAUGACCAGGAAAAGCCGUGACGCAUCUAUCCACAUAUGCAGACGCCGAAUCAAGCAGGCAAGCGCAACAAACCUGUCCGCGCUGAUUUUCCAAUUCCUAGUCGGGAUAGCCCCGAGGCGGCUGAUCAGAUCGGUGAUUUUAAAGGUCCGACGAGUGACUUUUGCUCAUCCAGACCUCCGACCCUAAGGACAACAUAAGCUUUGAACUGCUGGAAGUGGCUAGUUUUCGCAGUUACUGAACGACAAGGGAGAGAAGGAUCCUAACACAACCUCUC